CAGACAUAGUUUUACACUCCAUUAAAGCAACUUUUAAGGAGUUGUAAAGUACUCAUCGUCAAGAAAAUUCGAGUAAUCUUCCCGUUAUUUUCGCAGAGGAGUUAAUCAGAAGACAGGAUACGCGAGAUGACGCAGUCUUUUGUAGAAACAGCGAAGUUUCUUUCUUCAUCGACCUUCGAUCCUCCUCCAUAUCUGAGACCACCAGGCGGACCGUAUGAGACAACAUACACAGCAUCGUUUCAAACUGGCCGGCCAUACACAUCACCUCACUACUCUCUUAGACCUCUAUCAAGGUCUUUUGAAUUUCCUUCCAAGAUACUGAACGGAUCUUCCACUGGAUUAGAACAUUUACCGUACACAGCCGUCACACAGCGCGCUAUACAUAAAUACACUCCACAGCAAUGGCGAACCUCGAACGUUCUUAAUGUUUCCUCAGGCGAGAAGGAACGAGCGACCGCGGAGAGGCUUCGAGAUGACUGCGCGCGGCUUCGAACAGAGACAGCCCUUCUCACACACCGCACGCAGACAGAUGUCAACAAGAAGCUAGAGCAUCGCAUCCAUGAUAUAAGUUACUGGAAGAACGAGCUCGAGAAACAACAUGCCGAAACGGUCGCCGAGAUCAAGGCCCUUCAGGCGUUUAUCGGCCGCUUGGAAAAGGCCUUAGCAGCAACAGAAAAGCCUUUGAAUGUCGCAAAGCAAUGUCUGGAUUACAGAGAGAGAAGAGUCAAGAUCGAUCUUGUUCAUGAUAAUGUGGAAACGCAUAUCAGCAAGGAAGUGGAGAUGAUUGAAAACGUGCGGGCUUUGCUUAAGAAAACAAUGGAUCAAGCCCACGAACAGCUGUGGUUGCUACGCUCUGCGAAGACUCUGCUGGAAAAAGAUCUUGGCGACAAGUACGGUUCCCUUGGGAUUGAUGGGAAAUGCUCCACGUUAACAAACUUCUCUAAGGACAUCCAUUUUGCGCCCCACUCGGUCACGAUCCAACAACAUUCUUUCACUCCAGAUGAAUGGGAGGCCUACUCUUCAGAGAACAUUGCCAAAGCAGAGCGGGAACGCAAGGCAUCUGUGGCUCUGCGAUCAGAGAUUAAUGGAAUCUUGAUGCAGACUUACGUCGACCUGAGGAACAUCUUUGAGACUGUUAACAAUGAAUUCAGCAAGCGUAUUGAGGAGACGGUGACUGCUAAGAGAUCGCUCGAGAAAGAAUUGGCCAGGGUUAUGGAUGAAAUAGCGUCUAUGGAGAACAACGUCCGUGAUCUCAGGCAAGCCAUUGCAGACAAAGAGAACCCACUUAAAGUUGCCCAUACUCGCUUAGACAAGCGUUCUUUGAGACCCAAUGUCGAGCUUUGCAGAGAUCCUGUACAGUACCGACUGGUUGGAGAGGUCGGCGAGAUCAACGUCUCAAUAGAUCGUCUGCGCAUGCGUCUGGCUGAGGCCGAGGCCUCCCUCAUGGCUUUGCUGAGGAACAAGGAGCGCCUGGAAGAUGAUAUUGAAGUGAAGACCAACAGCCUUUUUAUUGACCGUGAUCAGUGCAUGGUCAUUAGGCAGCAAGUCCGCCAUAUUUCUCACUAAGGAAACUGUUACGUAACCGUGGCAACAGAUAAUCUUAAAAGGACAAAGAACUCUUAAGAGAUAUUUGGAGAUUUUUUUAUAGGGCAUUUUAUUUAAAAGCAAAAUUAAAUUACUUUCGAUUCUGGAAAUGAAAUUUUGGAACUGAGAUUUUAAUAGAAAUUUUCCUUUGUCUCGUUUGCCAUUUUAAAAUGUGGUCCGGUUGAAGUAAAAUUUUGAAUCGUUUGAAUCUUCAACAUCUUUUAUUCUUUCAUUUACAUACCUGAAUGUUCCUUUUAAGACAGGAUUGUAACAGAUAUUUGCUUCUAUUUCACUUUGAUUUGUAUGGAAAAGAAAAGAAUAGAAUACUGGAUUCAGGUUCUUAGGUGAAAUUUCUGUUGUGUUAUUCAUAUACGCGUGUGUGAUUCUACAAAAUAUUUGCACCUCUAGAAAACACGUCAAUUAAUAUAUUAAUACCUUUUGCACUGGUUGUUAAAUGAGAUGUGAUAAUUUAAAUAAGAACCAGCAAGAGAACAGAUAUAUCAUAAAGGAAGCUUGUUUGUUAAAUAACCGAAUAAGAUUCAUUAAACUCCCCAGUGAAUUUCAAAUAGGAACGAGUGACGCGCAUUGGGUCAAACAUAACUCUAGGGAGGGGGAGAGAGUAUGCGAGUGUCUGAGAAUUUAUUUUAAAGAGAGACAGUGAAAGUGUUUCUUAGUGUUCUGAAAAGAACAGAAUCAGAAGACAGUACUAAUAUUCUGCUUGUAAAUACCUUAAUACUUCUGCAAUAAAUCACUU